AUGGGUUCACUGCAUCUCAACAGCAACAACAACAAGCUCAAGUAUCAAAAACUGCGCCUCUCCAACCUCCCCAAGAUUCCUGACGCAGGUCGGGAGAUGUUGGAUCAAUGUUUCAUGAGCAAGCACUUGGUGGAAUCUCCCUCUGGUGAACUUUUCUUGGUCAACUGGUACGCACAAUGCAUUCACACAGAGGAAAAAGACGGAGAAGUGGAAGGUCUCCACAGCAAAACCAAGCGGUUCAUGGUCUUUAGGGAAGAUGAGAAGAGCAAAGACUUUAGUUACACGGAAGAUAUUGGAGAUCUCUGCAUCUUCCUUGGCGCAAGUGAAGCGUUCUGCCUCACGGCAAGCAUGUACCCGGGGCUUAAACCUAACUCUAUCUAUUACAUUGGCCAUGGUCUUGGUUCAUACGAUCUAACCUCUGGUACGGUCCAUUCCUUUUACCCUCCUCAUGCACCAAUGCUCAACCAUGUUCCUUACUGGAUCCCUUCUCAUCUCUGA